CCAUGAUGCAAAAUCCUCUCAUUUGAUUGGUCCGUGAAAACGAAGCUCAAUGGCGUGCUCUGAAUCCGCCAUUUUACCGGCAACUGCUUGUGCCGGUUCACCCGUGAAAAUUAAAUACUGCAUCGAGCCGCAUUGCGGCCAUCAAUUGCUAAUAUUUAAAGGGAUAGGUUAAAAUAAGAUCACGAUGUAUCUCUACAAUUUAACACUGCAAGGUUCAUCUGCCAUAACACAUGCCGUACAUGGAAAUUUCUCUGGAACUAAGCAACAGGAGAUUAUUAUAUCACGUGGCAAAACACUUGAAUUGUUACGGCCAGAUCCGAACACGGGAAAGGUCCACACAUUAAUGAAAAUUGAAAUAUUUGGUGUAGUUCGGUCUAUUAUGGCUUUUCGUCUAACCGGAGGAACAAAAGAUUACAUUGUGGUUGGUUCUGAUUCUGGACGUAUCAUCAUUUUGGAGUACAUCCCAACUAAGAACAUUUUGGAGAAAGUCCAUCAAGAAACAUUUGGUAAAUCUGGCUGUAGGAGAAUAGUUCCUGGUCAAUAUCUAUCAAUUGAUCCUAAAGGAAGAGCUGUUAUGAUUGGUGCAAUUGAAAAACAGAAAUUGGUAUACAUUUUGAAUAGAGAUGCAGAAGCUCGACUAACAAUAUCUUCACCACUUGAAGCUCACAAGUCAAACACACUAGUUUAUCACAUGGUUGGUGUUGAUGUUGGAUUUGAAAAUCCCAUGUUUGCAUGUUUGGAAAUUGAUUAUGAAGAAGCUGAUUCAGAUCCUACCGGCGAAGCUGCACAAAAAACUCAACAGACUUUAACAUUUUACGAAUUAGAUCUUGGUUUGAAUCAUGUUGUUAGAAAGUACUCUGAACCUUUAGAAGAGCAUGCAAACUUUCUCAUAACUGUGCCUGGAGGAAAUGAUGGUCCUUCUGGUGUCCUUAUAUGCUCUGAAAAUUAUCUCACAUACAAAAAUUUGGGUGAUCAACAUGAUAUUAGGUGUCCUAUACCUCGCAGAAGAAAUGAUUUAGAUGAUCCAGAAAGAGGAAUGAUCUUUGUUUGUUCUGCCACGCAUAAAACUAAGUCCAUGUUUUUCUUUUUGGCACAAACUGAACAGGGUGAUAUUUUCAAAAUAACUAUAGAAACUGAUGAAGAUAUGGUCACUGAAAUAAAGCUGAAAUACUUUGACACUGUACCAGUGGCAACAUCAAUGUGUGUUCUUAAAACUGGAUUUUUGUUUGUGGCUUGUGAAUUUGGCAACCACUACUUAUAUCAGAUAGCACAUUUGGGUGAUGAAGAUGAUGAACCAGAAUUUAGCUCUGCUAUGCCUCUAGAAGAGGGCGACACAUUCUUUUUUGCACCAAGACCUUUGAGGAAUUUAGUACUGGUAGAUGAAAUGGAUUCUUUGUCACCAAUAUUAGCUUGCCAUGUGGCAGAUUUAGCUGGGGAAGAUACUCCGCAAGUUUACUUGGCAUGUGGGAGAGGCCCACGAUCCUCCCUUAGAGCACUAAGACAUGGUCUUGAAGUUGCUGAAAUGGCUGUAUCAGAGCUUCCAGGAUCACCGAAUGCUGUUUGGACAGUUCGACGAAAUAAAGAUGAGGAAUACGAUUCUUACAUCAUUGUGUCAUUCGUUAAUGCCACACUUGUUCUUUCCAUCGGUGAGACUGUUGAAGAAGUCACUGACUCAGGAUUUUUGGGAACUACACCUACACUUAGUUGUCAUGCAAUGGGUAAUGACGCUCUAGUACAAGUAUAUCCUGAUGGUAUAAGACAUAUUCGUGCUGACAAACGUGUAAAUGAAUGGAAGGCUCCUGGAAAAAAAUCUAUAGUCAGAUGUGCAGUCAAUCAAAGACAAGUCGUCAUUGCCCUAACUGGAGGGGAGUUGGUAUAUUUCGAAAUGGACCCUACUGGACAGCUCAAUGAAUACACAGAAAGAAAGAAAUUAUCUUCAGAUGUUUGUUGUAUGGCAUUAGGUUCAGUUGCAGCAGGGGAACAGAGAGCAUGGUUUUUAGCAGUUGGUCUCAAUGAUAACACUGUCAGAAUUAUCUCUUUGGACCCAGCAGACUGUCUUUCACCACGUUCUAUGCAAGCUCUUCCUGCUGGUGCAGAAUCAUUAUGCAUUAUUGAGCAACCAUUUGAAUCUGGUGCAAAAUCUGCCCUGCAUUUAAACAUUGGCUUAAGCAACGGGGUGCUGUUAAGAACUACCUUAGAUUCUGUAAGCGGUGAUCUUGCAGACACUAGAACUAGAUACUUGGGGUCAAGACCUGUGAAGUUAUUUAAAGUAAGGGUACAAGCUGCUGAAGCAGUACUAGCUGUGUCGUCUAGAACAUGGCUAGGAUAUCACUAUCAAAAUCGUUUUCACCUUACACCUCUAUCUUAUGAAUGUUUGGAAUAUGCAGCAGGAUUUAGUUCAGAACAAUGUACUGAAGGCAUUGUAGCCAUAUCUUCCAACACUCUGAGAAUUUUGGCUUUAGAAAAAUUGGGAGCUGUAUUCAAUCAAACAUUUGUCCCUUUAGAAUACACACCAAGAAAGUUUAUAAUAAAUUCUGACAACAAUCACAUUAUAGUUUUAGAAACUGAUCACAAUGCCUACACAGAGGAAAUGAAAAAACACAGAAGAAUUCAAAUGGCCCAAGAAAUGCGUGAAGCUGCUGCUGGAGGUGCUCCUGAAGAACAGCAACUAGCAAAUGAAAUGGCAGAUGCUUUUCUAUCUGAUACUUUGCCUGAAUACAUUUUUUCUUCACCUAAAGCUGGAGCAGGCAUGUGGGCAUCUCUAAUUCGUGUUGUUGACAUGGGUAUUGGUGGGGGUCAACCCAAUACAUUAUUUAGACUUCCACUGGAGCAAAACGAAGCAGCUGUUUCUUUGUGCAUAGUAAGAUGGGCUGCACAUGCUGAACAUGCACAACCACAUCUUGUGGUUGGUGUUGCAAAGGAUUUGAUACUGUCUCCUCGUUCUUGCACUGAAGGCAGUCUACAUGUUUAUAAGAUAUAUGGCAACACUGGAAAAUUAGAACUUGUUCACAAAACUCCAGUAGAUGAAUAUCCUGGUGCUAUAGCAGCAUUUAAUGGUAGACUACUAGCUGGUGUUGGACGCAUGUUAAGAUUAUAUGAUAUUGGACGACGAAAACUCCUACGUAAAUGUGAAAAUAGACAUAUUCCAAAUUUAAUAGCAGAUAUAAAAACGAUUGGACAGAGAAUUUUUGUUUCUGAUGUCCAAGAAUCUGUAUUUUGUGUCAAGCAUAAGAAAAGAGAGAAUCAAUUAAUUAUUUUUGCUGAUGAUACCAAUCCUAGAUGGAUAACAAAUAGCUGUAUUCUUGAUUAUGACACUAUAGCAGUAUCUGACAAAUUUGGUAAUGUGGCUAUAAUGCGGUUACCACAAUCUGUAAGUGAUGAUGUUGAUGAAGAUCCUACUGGAAACAAAGCACUUUGGGACAGAGGUUUACUUAAUGGUGCUUCACAAAAGGGAGAUGUUGUGGUCAAUUUUCAUGUUGGUGAAACUGUAACCUCUCUACAGAGAGCAACAUUAAUUCCUGGUGGUUCUGAAGCACUACUAUAUGCAACAAUUAGUGGGUCUCUUGGCGUUCUACUACCGUUUACAUCAAGAGAAGAUCAUGACUUCUUUCAACAUCUAGAGAUGCAUAUGAGAAGUGAAAAUUCACCAUUAUGUGGGCGUGACCAUUUAUCUUUUAGAAGUUAUUACUACCCAGUAAAGAAUGUGAUUGACGGAGAUCUAUGUGAACAGUUUAACUCCCUAGACCCUGGAAAACAAAAAGCCAUCGCAGGUGAUUUGGAACGUACUCCCGCUGAAGUAUCAAAAAAACUUGAAGACAUUCGAACUAGAUAUGCGUUCUAAUUAAUUAUAAAUUAGUUAAUAAGUUUUUCUAUUAAUAUAAAAAUAAAAUAUUGCGAUAAGGUUCAACACAA